AGGACAUCUUACACCAUGGAUGGAUUCUGCCUUCUCUAUCUGCUCCUGAUCCUCUUGAUGAGAUCUGGUGACGUUGAAACCAAUCCAGGUCCUAACACUGCAGUAAGUAAUGUCAGUGACAUGGAGUUCCUGCAGCUGGCCCAUGAUAUCCAACCAUCUUACUAUGAGGCUGUAGGGAUAUCCCUAGGGUUCUCUUAUGCUCAGCUAGAGAAUAUCCUGAUUCAGAAGUGGAAUAACUAUACCAAUGCAUUUUUGCGGGUAUUCAUGGAAUGGAAUGUCAUGCAGCAACCUCCACACUCAAACAAACGGCAGCUUUUGGCAGACAAACUACGAGAGAUUGACUUGGGUGGCUUAUCAGACAGAUUACUCAAUGAACCAAACAGCACAGGAGGGCCAUCAAGACUGCUCGAAUCACAGACCAAACCUCCUUCUGCUGGAUCUCGGACCAAACCACUUUCUCCUGAACUGGUUGAGCGGUGUGCAAAUGAUUUCAAGUUCAAGUACAGGUCAACUGUCUGUAAGAUCAGAGCUGAUCCUCUCAAUCCUGCUUCCACUGUGCAGUUUCAAGACAUGUAUACUAAUCUCAUCUUACUAGAAGAACAUAGGACAGAGAAACGAAUACUAGAUUACAAUGAUAUCCUUGAUCUCAAAGUCAAUGGAGAGUUCCCCAAGCGGAUCAUGGUUCAGGGAGAGGCAGGGGCUGGAAAAACUACAUUUUGUGCUAAGAUUGCCUGGGACUGGAUUGAAGGGAGGCAUUUUAGUCACUUUGUGUGGGUCUUGAUUGUUCCUCUACGUGAAUUUAAGCAACAUACUAUUGGCAAGAUUGUGAAGUCUUAUCUGGCCAAAAACAAUCCAGCAACGGUUUCUCAGAUUAGUGACUAUAUUCAGUCAAAUCCUGAUAAGGUAUUCAUUGCAUUUGAUGGGCUAGACGAAGUCAGUGGCGAAAUCAUGAAGCCAAAAUCCUGCAAAUCACAGUCUACUGAUCAAAUACAACUUAGGCCAUCACAGCCAAGUGUCGACUCUUCAGAGGCAUGUGAAAGCUCAUCUGAGACUGGUGAUAUUAGACUUGUAGAUAUUCUUUGUUCAGAUCAACUUGCCUCUUGCCCAGUCUUGGUUACCACUCGCCCUUGGAGGGCAGUAGAGAUUAGAUCAGAUGGUGAUCUGAUGAAGCUCUACACAUUCAUUCAUGUUGAGGGUUUCAACAGAGAGAAUUUGUCAGUUUACAUUCACAAAUACUUUCCAAUGAAUGAGGAUAAAGCAAAUCAGCUUAUCCAGUUCACCCAUGAGAAUGAUGUCAUAUCUAAAAACAUGGCCCACUAUCCUAUAUAUGUAGCCAUGUUGUGUCUUAUGUGGAAAGAACUUGGUGAGCAAAAACUAAAGGAAAUGAAAUCACUGAAAACUUUUUCUCAAAUAUUAAAAACAAUGAUUGCCUUUCUAAAAGAACAUUAUGCUCAGAAAGAGGUGAAGAAAGUAGGCAGCCCCUCACUUCUUGCCUCUUUGAAAAAAAUUGAUGAGCUCCUUGGACCAAUUGCCAAACAGGCCCUCAACGGUUUGCUAGAAAAUACCUUGGUUUUUGGUGAAGAUGAUUUCGAAAUAUGCCCAGAAUCCAAGGACACUGCCUGUAGGGUUGGGAUUUUGUCUCAGGAGGACAGAAUUACCACUAGCAUGGACAUACAUCAGGGAAAUUCUUAUGUGCAAUUGCCAGUCUUUUUCCCUCACAAACUGUUUCAGGAGUACAUGGCUGGAAUCCAUCUUGCUUCCCUGUAUGAAUCGGAUCGUAAUGAAUUCAACAGGCUGAUUGAGCAAGUAGUGCUGCCAAGGAAGGGGGAGUUUAGGUAUCUACUGUACUUCACUGUGUCACAGAACAAAAGUAUUGCAACCCAUGUAAUGAAGUCUAUGCUUCAGGGAGUAAACAGGGAUUCAUUGGCCAUAUGUAAAGAGUUACCUUUCAUUGUUGAUGUAGCCUUUGAGAGUCAGGACCCAGAUGUAGCAGCCUUGGUGAAGGACAGGGUGCAGUCAUCAGAGGAGAUUGUGCUGAUCAUUUUCACAGACACGACAGCACACACUGUAGCUGGUUAUGCAUUCAUUCAAGUUGGACCACAUGUGGUACAGACUCUCAAGCUUCAUAAAAACCAGUGUCCCACACCAACCUCAGCACAGCACCUAGCAGAAGCACUGUGUUCUAUGCCAAACCUGACUUACCUGGAGCUCAUUGGAGAGGCAUUCACUGAGGAGUUCUUCUCUACAUUGAAAGCAAAGGCAUCAUCCAUACAGGUCCAGACUCUCAAGCUUGAUGAUCUCCAGUUUCCCAAACCAGCCUCAUCACAUCACCUAGUAGAAGCACUGUCUUCUAUGCCAAACCUGACUGACCUUACACUCGUUGGAGAGGCAUUCACUGAGGAGUUCUACUCUGCAUUGAAAGCAAAGGCCUCAUCCAUACAGGGUUGUUUUCCUCAGAUCAGGAAGGGAAACUUCAGGUUCAAUGGAGUUGCUCAACAUGACUUGAACUCAUUUCUUCACAUCCUCACAUGUUUGCAAAGCUCAAAAGACUCAGACAACUCAACUGACUUGGGCAACUCAAACGACUCAGACAACUCAGCUGACUUGGGCAGCUCAAACAACUCAGACAACUCAGCUGACUUGGGCAGCUCAAACGACUCAGACAACACAGCUGACUUGGGCAGCUCAAACAACUCAGACAACUCAGCUGACUUGGGCAGCUCAAACGACUCAGACAACUCAGCUGAUGCCAACACCAAUGUUACCCCAGACACCCUACCAAGGGGGUUAGGUGCUAAUAUCCCAGUCUUGCAAGAGUCUCAGGACAAUGUCAUUGUGGGGCAACCUGUACAACAGCCACGUACAUUGAGGAAUCAGUCUGGUUUUCUGCCAGUCUAUUCAGAGAAUAAUGCACUACCGAGGAAUCCUGAGCCUAGUCAGCCCCAAUGUAUGCCUUCCAAUCUCCAAUCAGGCAUGUCUGCUGGGUACCACACCCCUGCUCCAAUUGAGCCAUUCAGUGGUUAUUGUUGCAGUCCUGAGUAUAGAGAGGCUUACUACAAUCCUACCUACCAUGCCACUAUGUCAAGUUCUGCUCCGUCUCCUAACCCUCCAGUCUCGAGGCAUGAUCAACCUACCAUGUUCGCAGGGUACCUUUCACAAACACAGUAUCAACCACCGGUUCAUGGGAACACGGGUAGACCAGGUUCUUUCAGUCAGUACAAGCAGUACUGGUAG